AUGGAAAUCCAAUUCCAACAACAACCAAGAGUGUCGAAACCGAGGGGUAAAAACGGAAGUUCAAACAACAAAUUUGUCGGAGUAAGGCAAAGACCUUCGGGUAGAUGGGUGUCUGAGAUCAAAGACACAACACAAAAGAUCCGAAUGUGGUUAGGGACUUUUGAAACCGCAGAAGAAGCAGCUCGAGCAUACGAUGAAGCCGCCUGUCUUCUUCGCGGCUCCAACACGCGCACAAAUUUUAUCACUCACGUCUCGCAUAACUCCCCUAUCGCGUCCCGGAUCCGUAAUUUACUCAACUCAAAGAAAAUCGCAAAAAAACGAGAUCAAGAUUCUUCCGUUCCCUCAGUCUCAAAUACUGCAUCCACCACUCCCAGUAUCAGUAUCAGCACCAGCAUCAACACUAGUAUCAGCACUAGUACUAGUACCAGUACCGGUAGUAAUAGUGACAGUAACAGUAACAGUGACAGUAGUAGUGAGAGUAACUGUAAGUUGUUUGAUGAUGCGUAUAAGCCGGAUUUGAGCAAGUGUUGUUCCGGAACGUUUGAGAAUUCGUGGGGUUAUGGAGGAAGGAUUGAUAAUAUGGAGUUUAGUGAAUUUGAGAGGAUGAAAGUGGAAAGACAAAUAUCGGCUUCGUUGUAUGCGAUGAACGGGGUUCAAGAGUAUAUUGAGACUGUGAAUGAUCCGAAUGAAGGAAUAUGGGAUCUUCCUCCUUUAUGUUCUUUAUUUUGUUGA